AUGAUACCACUAUUUGAGCCGCGGCUUCUUGGAUGGUUACUGGCAAGGGUGGAACAAUCCGACUAUCCCGCUGAUAGAUCCCACAUCGUCUCUAACUCGGCAAUACAUUCUGGAGAAACGUUCUGUGGGGUACAUCUAGAGGCCGGCACAGUGGUUGGGAUCAAUCCGGUAGUGAUACACUAUGAUCAGAGCAUCUUCGGCACAGACACAGCGGAAUUCCGACCUGAGUGCUGGACGGAGUCGGUCGAAGACAAGGUUAAAAUAACGGAUCGACACCUUAUGACGGUACUGCGUCGGACAAAGUGGCGUGGCGAGUGGAGACAUCUUGGUUUUCAAGAGAGUAUGAUCUUCUCUGUCGGCUGUCAAUCUGCGAUGAAAAAGGCCGCUGAGUAUGUCCUGUAUUCAACCACGGACGUCAAAACCCAUGACGAGAAAAUAUAUACGAAUCUACAGUAUGGAGAAAGCGGAUAA